AUAAAUUCAUAUAGAUCUGUUCUACUACAAGGCUAUUGGCUAUCUCAGGAAAUGAGUAACUGUGUCCCAUCAAGAGACCCUGUAACAUUUACUCUCCCCUUUGCCUUUCUCAGGUCUGGUUGGCUUCUUGGACCAGCAGGAACCAGCGCGUAGCAAUUAAGGUCAUACCAAAGACCUCGCAGGUUGAGACGGAAGCCCGUGUGCUACGCAUUACUAAAGGCAGCCAUUUCCUUUGUCACGCCUAUGGGGCCUUUCAAUCACAGGUAAUAAAUUAUAGCCCACAUUUACCAAAUGUAGGCCCAACUGCAGGAAUGCUAAGGGCUGCUAAAUUGUAGCCCCAGUGUGUUCCUAUGCCUUUUAGUGCUACUGCACUACUCAUUCUAGGCACUCAAAAAUGUUCAUAGCACAAAUCUAGUUGGGCGCUACCCUAUAUUGUGUUGUUCAUUGACUUUCUACAAAUUCAUGUGUUUCACUCUCCUUGUUUGCUUCCCUGACCAGAACCAUGCCUAUAUCAUCCUGGAGUACAUCAGAGGGGGCACUCUUAUGGCUGGGAUGAGGAAAGCAGGGCACCUGGAGGAAGACGCCAUUGCUUUUUACUCAGCAGAGAUGAUUUGUGGCCUUCAGUUCCUUCAUUCCAAGGGGAUCAUCCAUCGCGACCUGAAACCAGCUAAUAUAAUGCUAGACCAAGAAAGUCACAUAAAAAUAGUUGACUUUGGUCUAGCAAAGGAAAACAUCUCCGGGAACGACACCACCACACGCAAGGCUGGAACACCUCGCUAUAUGGCACCGGAGGUGAUUGAAGAAAAGGAGUAUAAUGCAGCAGCUGAUUGGUGGUCAUUGGGUAUCAUCAUCUACCAAAUGGCCACCUACACAUUCCCAUUUACCAGCCCAAUGGGGAAACAACUAUCUCCACUCACGGAUGAGCCCUUUUAUCCCAGCUGGCUCAGUGAUGAACUGGUGGACCUCCUGCAAGCGGUGAGUAUAAGCAAAUUAUACUGUAGAAUAAUGUAAAGAAUGCAAAAGGUCUUCUUUUGCAUUCUCAGAUAUAUGUAUUCCUACAUUUCAUAAUGUAAACCUAGGUGGGUGGGAUCAAUGUAGGGCUACAGAAAAUUGGCAUGAGCCCUCAGUGGAACUAGUAUAAAUGCCAUGUCUGUGCACUUUAGCUGUAUAUCCAGUAGCCAUAACACUGUAUUUGUAGCCCAAAGGAAAAUAAGGCUGGCAGAGGGCAGUAAAUGGGUCAAUUUUAUAUUUCCUAUAGUGCCUACUCUGACACACCCUGCUGAAUAUUAUCACUGUCAUGUGCACUGCAGGCCCCCAGAAUGAGACCUGUGGGUUUUCAUGAUCAGAGUUUUUUGUAUGUGUAUAGAUUUACCUACAUCUGUAUAAAGUGAUAUAUUUUAUUACUUAAGCUAUUGGAGA